AUGAAAUGGUAUAUACAAGGGUUGGUGUUUGGAUACCUCAGUGCCCCCCAAAGAACUGGGAGGCUAGGUCGUGGUCUGGAGAUGGUAGACGGCCAUCAGGAGCACUCCACUCGACUGGGUUCGGCUCACUCGAUCGAGCUUGUGGCUCCUCUUCUCCUCUUCUUCAUCUUGAAAGUGUGUGGCUUCCUUGGCCUUGGUGGAGCUGGCUUGCUCGAAGCGGUUGUAGGGAGUCCAGGGGCUCCUCCAGGUCAACUCGACCUCAGCUCGAUCGAGUUGAGUUUCCUCUGUUUGGACUCGAUCGAGUCCGGUGGUCGAGCUGGAGCGUCUGGCCUUGGAGCUCUUCCUCCUUCUCUGCGUGUUGUCUUCUCCUUCCCUUGGCUCGAAAGAAGAGGCUCUGUGAGGCUCUUGGGCAGGGAGCCUCCUUGGAGUGGUGAGGAGUGA